AUUCAGUUUAUUAAUUUCUUAAAACUAAGGUUGAUUCUCCGCCUCUUACAUGUAAGUUCAACCUAACAGAGUCCUAACAAAGAGCGCUGGAGCCAAGAGUAUAUAUAGAUAUAUGGGUAUUUGUCGACAAAGCUUUUUAAUACUCUGAUCUGAGAAGGCUUUGUUACCUGAUGUUAGCAUGUUCACUAGACCGCAUCGUGCAUUUAUUCCGUGUACUUCAAUGUUACACCCGCUUUCAGUGUUACGUGCAUAGUACCUAUCUCUCGACAUGCAAUCUUUCGACCUGCUAUGUAACGUGUCCUACUUAAAAAAUGUAAGCACAACGGACUUCUUUACGGUCGAACUCGAAGAUUGAUUUAUUUGACAUCACAUUAAGGUUAGGAGUAUCAAGAAGUCAUUCUGGGAGAAAUAAGUCGACUGCUUUGAAUGUCUACACGUUGCGAAUAUUAAAAGCGGCAGCGACCCAAUUCUACCGGAAGUCACUAUUGAGAACCGAUCGACUACACUAAAAUCGCUUGAAUCAUCCCGUAAAUCGGGAAACAUGCAAAGUCCACAAUCUUCUUCGGCCAUUUGAGUUUCAGGAUGGUCAACACUGGUAUAUUCCUUUGGUGCGCACCAAGAUGCGUCGCUACAGCAGUGGAGAGAUCAGUCAGGACCCUAGGCAAUGGGCAGGUCUUCCACGAGCCGUUCUUAACUCUGUUUUACUACAGCCCUGAGAAGAAAAGUUCUAGACCAGCGUGUGCUGAAUCUCUGCAGGCCUUUUCACGGUCAAGCUACCAAUCAGUCUGCAAGAUGCUUCAGCAAGAUUUUGAUAGCAAAGAAUUCGUCUUCGUCAAAGAUAUGGCGUACUGUGUCGAGGGAAAGUUCGACAUCUUUCUGGAAGAGGGCUUUAGGAAUUUCAAACACACAUUUAUGAUACGACAUCCCAAACCAGCAGUCAGCUCCCUGUUCAGACUAUCGACAAACCCCGAGCUUGCGGGAUGGGAUUACUUCGAUCCCGCAGAGGCCGGCUUUCGACAGUUGCUGGAAUUGUACGAGUUUGUUGAUCGUCACGUUCAUAAAAACCCGGUUGUCGUGGAUGCCGCUGAUCUUCUGAAGUUUCCAAACGACAUUAUGCAGAGCUACUGUGAGGCAGUUGGUCUUAAGUACGAAAAACACAUGACAUCGUGGCAACCGGGUCCUGUCGCCGACUGGGGUCCAUGUACGGCAUGGCACGAUGAGGUUAUGAAGAGUUCAGGUUUCAUAGCGCCUGGGGCACCUAGCACUGUUAAAGAUAUGCCACCAGAAGUAGCUACAGUAGUGAAAGAGUGCAUGCCGUACUAUGAAGCACUGGCAGCACGAAGAAUUCUUCCCAAAGCACAUUAAUUAGAGCUGACGAUAUACAUACAACGUAUUUUGACGAGCAAGUUAUGAAGUAGAAAGUUUGGCUGCUCAUCGUCUUCACAUUCCAGUUACAAUACUCAUUAUAACCUUGUGUAUUUUAUGUUUUGCAACAACUCAAUGUCAGCUUGCCGAUGUCUUCUCUAUCUGCUAUGUUUUUUUCUUUCACGUUUUAACGCUUCGUUGCCUCUAGAUACUUAAUUUUGGUACUCAUCAGGGUUAAUUCUUUGGUUAUUCCGAGUAGUUCUUACCAGUUCCCCGUUUCAGUUCUUCUUCCACGUUCUUGGAGUUGCCAUUGAUAUGUAAAAAUUUAUUUACAAAAAGGUAACACAGUUGGCAUCGUUCAGUUUUGUUAUCUUUCAUACAACCCUCUUCAGUGACACAACGUUCCUUCUCAGUGUAACAAUAUAGGCUCCCCUUUCCGAAAGGGAAGGUCAUAUACACGAGGAAAAGACAACUGCACAUACAACAACUUCACGCUUUACCCACUUACAUCAAAGCUACGGUUACAAUAAAUCUCAACCAAUUAUAAUUACAGUCCAGUUUUAAAAGUUCAGUGUUAAUUUGAAGCACAACUUAGUCCAAAUGGUAAAUUUAGUCGGUUGUAUGAUAUCCGAGUAUAUUCAAAACUCAGUUCAAUUUGUACACUUCUAGUCAGUUUGCAAAAAUGUAGUUUUAGCUUAGCAUUUAUUAUUAUUUUCA